UGUAGGCAGUCACGGACUAACCAUGCAAACCCAAUCAAUGGCCACUUCUACAUCCCUCUACCUAUGGCUCGUGAUCACCAUCAUCCAUCUCAGCCACACAUCAUCACAAAUGGCCACUUACAUUGUUCACAUGGACUUAUCCAUCAUGCCCAAUGCCUUCUCCGACCACCGGAGCUGGUACGCCGCCACCCUCUCAGCCGUCGAGGACAUCGACGGCCCUGGCUGGCCCACCUCUACCCUCAUCUACGCUUAUGAUCAUGCCAUGCACGGCUUCAGUGCACGCCUCUCCCCAACUCAAUUACAAGAGUUACAGAAAUCACAUGGCUACGUAUCAUCAUACCCUGACAUGCCGAUCACUGUCGAUACAACUCACACAUCCCAAUUCCUCGGUCUCACCCCAGCCUCCGGCAUAUGGCCAGCAUCAAAUUACGGUGAGGAUGUGAUAAUCGGCAUGAUCGAUUCAGGAAUAUGGCCGGAGAGUAAGAGCUUCGACGAUGAUGGGAUGGCGCCGGUGCCAUCAAGAUGGAAAGGAACAUGCGAGCAAGGAACGGCGUUCAAUUCAUCGGCGUGUAAUCGGAAGCUCAUCGGGGCUCGCUUCUUCAACAAGGGGAUUACAGCAGCCAACCCCAACGUAACGUUCGCUAUCAAUUCUCCUCGGGACACUGAUGGACACGGCACCCACACAGCGUCCACCGCCACAGGUUCCUACGCUGAAGGCGCGUCCUACUUCGGGUAUGCCUCCGGCACUGCCACAGGCAUGGCCCCACGUGCCCGCGUCGCUGCAUAUAAGGUCCUAUGGGAGGAAGGAACCUCCGUAGCUGAUAUCCUUGCAGGGAUAGAUCAUGCAAUAUCCGACGGCUGUGAUGUCAUAUCCAUCUCCCUGGGACUAAAUGGUGUACCUUUGUACAAUGACCCAGUUGCCAUUGCCUCAUAUGCAGCAAUGGAGAAGGGUAUUUUCGUAUCGUUGUCGGCAGGAAAUGAUGGGCCAUUUUUAGGGACCCUACAUAAUGGCACUCCUUGGGCACUUACUGUCGGUGCAAGCACUGUGGACCGUCGAUUCACGGGGACCAUCACGCUCGGGAAUGGAGUUUCUGUUGUGGGGGAUUCGUUAUACAUUGCCAAUUCUACCACAUUGAAUCAAACACCUAUAGUUUUCAUGGGAGCUUGUGACAAUCAAACGCUACUAGAGAAGGUUGGUUACAAGAUUGUUGUGUGUGUGAGUAAUGAUUCUGAUACCGACCUGCUCAGUGACCAGAUCCAACUGGUUUCCUCUUCCAAAGUUGCUGCAGGACUCUUCGUAUCAAACACUUCUUACCUUGAAUUCUUCAUCACCUUUGAAUUCCCGGCAGCCAUAUUAAAGCCCGAAGAUUCCCAGACCAUCUUGGACUACAUCAAAGGGGGUCCCAACCCAACUGCUAGUAUUAAGUUUGGUGAGACACUCUUGGGAACGAAACCGGCCCCGACCGUUAGUGGUUAUAGUUCCAGAGGGCCAUCGUCGAGCUGUCCUGGUGUCCUGAAGCCAGACCUUGUUGCCCCUGGCUCGUUCAUACUGGCAUCAUGGCCUCGUAAUGUUUCAGUACUAGAAUCAGGUGGAUCACAUCAGUUAUUUAAUGACUUCAAUUUCCUAUCUGGAACAUCAAUGUCAUGUCCACAUGCGGCUGGUGUAGCUGCCCUCUUGAGAGCGGCACACCCAGACUGGAGCCCUGCUGCAAUUCGCUCUGCGAUGAUCACUACAUCUGAUGCAUUGGAUAACACGCUGCUUCCUAUCAAAGAUUCUGGCAAUGAUCUUGAAUUAGCCACUCCUCUCGCCCUUGGAGCCGGUCACAUCAACCCGAACAAGGCGCUCGACCCUGGUCUAAUCUACGAUGCAGACACCCGAGACUAUGAACAGCUGCUUUGCGCUUUGAAUUACACCAAGGAGCAAUUCCAAGCCGUCACAAGGUCAUCCAACUUCAACUGCUCGAACCCGUCUUCCGAUCUCAAUUACCCAUCUUUCAUUGUGUUUGUCAAACCCAACGAUACCGGCAUCAUCAAGGAAUUUCGACGGACAGUAACCAACGUUGGGAACGGAAUUUCGACAUAUCAGGCCAAAGUGGGACCCAUGGAAGGUUUUGAUGUUAAGGUUAAUCCUGACACAUUAGUUUUCGAAGAGAAGAAUGAAAAGCUCAAUUUCACUGUUACAUUAGUGGCCCAAACAAAAAUAGAGGAGUAUUUGAUGCAUGGUUCUCUAAGCUGGGUUGAAGAUGGUGGUAAACAUGUAGUGAUGAGUCCUAUUGUAGUUACAACAAUCAUCUUAGAUUCAGUGUAAGGGAAGAAUCAAGGUCUCCUUGAUUAGCUAGGAAUAAUCCCUUGUAUAGGGUGUUUACACCCAACUUUCGGUGUAUACAUUUUAACUACGUUCUAAUAAUAAAAUGGAAAUCAUUGAGGCCUCCAAAGGAGGUCUAAAUUUCCGAAC